AAAACUUUCACCCCUCGUUUCCUUCUCGGGAUUUUUCUAGGAGCCUUGCGCGUGCGAAGUGGGAGCUUCCGGCAACCUGCUGUAGAGAUUAAUCACGCCUUGCGCCUGCGUGGGUGGUGGGGGACGGGAACCAGCCACGGUGGUCAGAUCAAGACAGAGCGAAAACAAAAGGAGCUGCAGGAUCAAUCAUCAUCAGUCCGGAGAUCGAAAGAUCGGAAGCCUCCGUGACUCUGCGUGAAAGCUUCUGCACUUCCGGAUCAGAAGCUGUGGGUGAUACUGUAUCUCCAGCAGGCGCGUCCUGAUCAGAUCUGCUGCUGCUGCACGUUCUUAUAAACCCAGACUCCACCUGAGCUUCCAGCCAUGUUCGGAGGUGCAGGAGAUCUGUCCAGGAGUUCCCCGACUCCCAGGCUCUGUGGAGUGCUGUGUCCUCUCGACUCGCUGUGGACCGACGGCAAGAAGAUGGAGGGACAGCAGAGGAGCACGAACACGGAGAACAGGAAGGUGGAGAUCCGCAGGAGUGCUGGCAAAGAGCUGCUGCAGAACCUCAACGAUCAGAGUGAGAGACUCCUAAUCAAAGGAGCGAAGAUCGUGAAUGAUGACCAGUCCUUCUCAGCAGACAUCUACAUGGAGGAUGGACUCAUCAAGCAGAUUGGUGAGAACCUGAUUGUCCCAGGUGGAGUGAAGACCAUCGAUGCUCAUGGCCGCAUGGUGAUGCCUGGAGGUAUUGAUGUCCACACUCGCUUUCAGAUGCCUGACCGAGGCAUGACAGCAGCUGAUGACUUUUACCAGGGCACCCGGGCGGCAGUGGCAGGAGGAACCACCAUGAUCAUUGAUCACGUGGUUCCGGAACCAGGGACCAGCCUGAUGGCGGCGUUUAAUCAGUGGCGUCAGUGGGCCGACAGUAAGUCGUGCUGCGAUUACUCGCUCCACGUCGACAUCACGGAGUGGCACAAAGGCAUCCAGGAGGAAAUGGAGACGCUCGUGAAGGACCACGGUGUGAACUCUUUCCUGGUCUAUCUGGCCUACAAGGACUUCUUCCAGCUGACCGACUCUCAGAUCUACGAGGUGUUCAGCGUGAUCCGGGACCUCGGAGCCAUCGCACAGGUCCACGCCGAGAACGGAGACAUUAUCGCCGAGGAGCAGCGCAGAAUACUGGAGUUGGGAAUCACCGGGCCAGAGGGACAUGUGCUGAGUCGUCCAGAAGAGGUGGAGGCCGAGGCGGUGAACCGCUCCAUCACUGUGGCCAAUCAGACCAACUGUCCUCUUUACAUCACCAAGGUGAUGAGCAAGAGCGCUGCGGAUGUCAUCGCCCAGGCCAGAAAGAAAGGCACAGUGGUGUACGGGGAACCGAUCACGGCGAGUCUCGGCACAGACGGCUCGCACUAUUGGAGCAAAAACUGGGCCAAAGCUGCAGCGUAUGUGACCUCUCCUCCUCUGAGUCCGGAUCCCACCACGCCCGACUAUCUCAACUCCCUGCUGUCAUGUGGUGACCUUCAGGUGACGGGCAGCGCCCAUUGCACCUUCAACACCGCGCAGAGGGCUGUGGGCAAAGAUGACUUCACCCUCAUCCCUGAAGGAACCAACGGCACAGAGGAAAGGAUGUCCAUCAUCUGGGACAAAUGUGUGGUGUCUGGGAAGAUGGACGAGAACCAGUUCGUGGCCGUGACCAGCACGAACGCUGCUAAGAUCCUCAACCUGUACCCGCGUAAGGGCCGCAUCGCUGUGGGAUCAGAUGCAGACCUGGUGCUCUGGGACCCUGAUCUCACUAAGAUCAUAUCGGCCAAGAGCCACAAUCUGGCAGUGGAGUACAACAUCUUCGAGGCCAUGGAAGUUCGUGGAGCUCCACUGGUGGUUAUCAGCCAGGGAAAGAUCGUUCUAGAGGACGGAACCCUGCACACCAUCGAGGGCUCAGGACGCUACGUGCCCCGGAAACCAUUCCCUGACUACGUCUACAAGAGGAUAAAAGCCCGCAGCAGGCUUGCUGAGUUGAGGGGCGUUCCUCGUGGGCUGUACGACGGACCGGUGUGUGAAGUCACCGUGACUCCAAAGGCUAAUACUCCUGCUUCUUCAGCUAAAACAUCUCCAUCCAAACAGCAAGGGCAGCCUGUCCGGAACCUGCACCAGUCUGGAUUCAGCCUCUCUGGUGAGUCUAGACCCAGGAACGGUGCUCAGGUUGACGAUAACGUCCCACGUCGCAGCACUCAGCGCAUCGUGGCGCCCCCUGGUGGCAGGGCUAACAUCACCAGCCUGGGUUAGAGCUCUCCACUUUCCUGCAGGAGAUCAGGGGGUUGGGGGGUGUUUACAAGUGGAGGUGUUUCCCAUUCCAACGCUAGGUCCAGAGUCGGGACUUUCCACUCCCGAAACCCACCAACCCUCCUUUAAUCUCACUUACCUUCCUGUUUCCCUUUCCUCGUUUUUCCCAAAUCCUGAAAAUCCCACUCUUAUCCUGUCAUACGGAGAAAUUUAGCAGAAAAAAAAGAAGUAUUUGCCUCAUGUGAAGAUAAAAAAGGAAAAUAAUGAAAUAACACUCCAUGUUUGAGCACCUUUGAUUGUAUGAUUUAGCAUUUUUUGAUACUGUGUUUUUACCUACCGUGUGCAUUUUAUACAGAUUUUUUUUUUAUUUAACACCUUUUUUUUUCUUCUUUUUUUUUAAAUCGGAGGGGUCCAGAUAACAGGUUACGCUGUUCUUCGUUACCAUGCUGACUUUAUUUAACGAGGUGAGCUACUUAGAGAGUUCCAGCUUCGAGCACAUCCAUUGGUGUAAAAAUUAUUUUUUGUCAUUUUAGAGUUGUUUUCUUUUUGCUCAUCUUCAAUGCGUCGUUGGCGAAUGGAGAGAAAGAUCCGAGGUCUAUUUCGGCCAUUUCGUGCAGCAUUUUUUUUUUUCUUCCCCAAACUGAAAAGAAAAAUUGUCACUUGUUCAUUUGGCGUAAAUAUAAAAGCACCUCGUUUCCGAUUGGUCACGUGAUCUGAAUAAAUAAAAUCUAAACGAA